UGUUUGUUUUAGUUUUAGCAUGAGCUAGGUAAGUUACCUAGCCAGCUACUAACAAUUUAACCCUACCAAUUUGUCAUUUUGUCUAAAAAUAACAAGUCAACGAUAUAUGUUGUUGUAACUAUGUUAGAAAAACAUGGCAGAAGACGAGCUUCAGGCGUUCAGAGAGCAUUGGAAGCAAGAACUGACGAAUAAAAACGAGGCAUUUUCGAACUGUAACGUUACUGGUCAACCAAGUCGAGAAGACUCUAAAUUAAAACGAUAUUUUGAAGAUUUUGGUCAGAACAGAAGUGAACCAGAAAAAAGACAGGAUUCAACAUCACAGGGGAGCAGUAAGGGAGGACAGGAUGCAGUUUUGUCUGCAGCAAAAACUCCAAAGGAGGACCAACCCGAGUAUGUGUCGAUAGCUGAGGGCUUGCUGGAUGGAAGGACCAGUCCCUUGUUGGAGAGGAUUCAGGAGGAGAGGACUCAAAGGAAGAGACAAUACCACAGUCUGACAAACGCCUGUAACACCUCCGCCCAACAACAACCUCAGAGGAAAAUAAACAAGGGGGACAAAUUAGUGGAUCAAUUCAUUCAAGACCUGAAUGAGACAAAUGACAUUCCCUUCUUUGACAUUGAGUUGCCCUACGAGUUAGCCCUGAAGAUCUUCCAGUACCUCAGUCGGACAGAGCUGGGGCGAUGUGCUCAGGUGAGCAAGGCGUGGGGGGUCCUGGCGGAGGAUGAGGUGCUAUGGUUUAGGAUGUGUCUGAAGGAGGGUUAUCACCACGGUGCCUCUGUCUCUGACUCCCCCUGCUGGAAGAGCACAUUACGAGACUGCAGGAACUCUGAGAACACUGUGCGCUCCAACUGGAAGAAUCGUGUUGGAUCAGUCAGCCAACUGCAGUACGAGCUGGGGAAAGUAUUGUGUGAUGUCAGUUCCUGUGACAGCUAUGUUGUUGCUGGGUACACAUCAGGGGACGUGAGACUGUGGGACACCCUCCACUGGGACUCUGCAGCCUCCUUCCUGAAGCCCAGCCCCCUGACGGCAGACGUCACCCCCAGACCUCACGUCAGUCACGUCCGGGUCAACAACACUGUGGCUGUGGCUGCCUACGACGAUGGAUGUGUGGAUGUGUGGAGCACAGAGACGGGACAGGAGCCCGUCCACCACUUCCAGAUCCCUGGGAGGGUCCACGCCCUGGCUCUGAGCCUGGAGAGCCCCACCUUGGCUACUGCUGCUGGGCUAGACAUCCGGCUGGACCAGCCUGAUGACAGGGGCUACUGGAGGACCCUCUGCCAGGCCACGCUGCCCAAACCUGUGGAGUCUAUGGUGGUGGUGCCAGGGGCCGUGGGGCGAGGAGGGGACAGUGGCCCCCUGGUGGCCCUGUCUGCUGGGGAUACGGUGUACCUGCUGGCCCCUGAGGACUUGGAGCCCCGGGUGCUCCACACCGUCUACGGCCACCCCAUCACCUGUCUGGAUGCCUCGGCCUCUCACGCUGCCCUGGGGGUCAAGAGCUGUGGCUGGGCAAUGAACGAUGGAGGCAACAAGAUCCAGGUGUACAGCCUAGAGACGGGCCAGUCGGAGAUGUCUGUGGGGAACUCAGCGGGAGACUUCUCCUGUGUCAACCUGAGAGACAGCCCUCCUCACAUGCUCGUCUGUGGAAACAAAGAUAGGAGGGUGAGGGUGUUUGACCUGCGCACCGGCUCCUCUGUGACAUCACUGUAUGCCCACCACAUGGGCGUGACCUCCGUGCAGGCAGACGAUUGGAAGAUCGUGAGUGGCGGAGGUGAGGGAUUGGUCUGCGUCUGGGAGAUGAGGAUGGGAGCUAAACUGUGGGAGAUGCACAACAGGCACCCAGUCAGACAUGUGAGAUUCAACACUAGCACCCUGGUGACAGCCAACGUCCCAGACGAGAAGUCUCCACGAGGGGCCUGCAUCACAGAUGACGACCUCACAGCCCACCGCAGACACAGGGGAGUGAUUUGCCACUAUGACUUCUCAGAGGACUCCACCUCCCAGGACCAUGUUCUGCCCAUCUGCAGGUCCAACUAUGUGGAGUCAUCUGGCUACAACUACAACAUCGGCCUGGCUGUGCCCUAUGACAUCCUGUCUGGCUCUCACCCCUCCCACUGACCCUUACCACCAGC